AUGAGCUCAGAAGAGAAAGUGAGAACCUCUGGAGAGGUCUCUCGUCCCGAGCCCACUCUGCCAACCGUCAACCCUGCGGUCGAGAAGUCGGAGCCUCCGAAGCCUACCUUCCACCCUGCGGUCUACGUUGCUACCUGGAUUACUCUCAGCUCCAGCGUUAUCUUGUUCAACAAGCACAUCCUUGAUUAUGCUAAUUUCCGAUUCCCUAUCAUCCUUACGACAUGGCACUUGGCUUUUGCGACUUUCAUGACCCAGCUCCUCGCUCGCACUACUACCCUUCUCGAUGGCCGAAAGACCGUUAAAAUGACUGGCCGUGUUUACCUCCGCGCAAUCGUCCCCAUCGGUCUCUUCUUCAGUUUGAGCUUGAUUUGCGGAAAUGUCACAUACUUGUAUCUCAGUGUGGCAUUCAUCCAAAUGCUUAAGGCCACCACCCCCGUUGCUGUUCUUCUUGCCACAUGGGCAAUGGGCAUGGCUCCUGUAAACCUCAAGGUUCUCACCAACGUCGGUAUCAUCGUUCUCGGUGUCGUUAUCGCUUCUUUCGGCGAAAUCAAGUUCGUUUUCAUCGGUUUCGUUUUCCAGAUCGGCGGCAUCAUCUUCGAGGCUACUCGCUUGGUGAUGGUCCAGCGUCUGCUCAGCUCUGCUGAAUACAAAAUGGACCCCCUAGUCUCUCUUUACUACUUCGCCCCCGUCUGCGCUGUGAUGAACGGUGUUACCGCCCUUUUCCUUGAGGUUCCUACCCUUACGAUGGACCACAUCUACAAUGUCGGCCUUUGGACUCUCUUGGCCAAUGCUGUCGUUGCUUUCCUAUUGAACGUUUCGGUUGUCUUCCUGAUCGGAAAGACUUCCUCUUUGGUUAUGACCCUCUGCGGUGUUCUCAAGGAUAUCCUUCUCGUCGUCGCCUCCAUGAUGAUCUGGAACACCCCUGUCACUGCCCUUCAGUUCUUCGGUUACUCGGUUGCUUUGGUCGGUCUCGUUUACUACAAGCUCGGCGGAGACAAGAUCCGGGAAUACACCAGCCAAGCCAACCGUGCUUGGGCCGAAUACGGUGCCACUCACCCCGCCCAGCGCCGCUUCGUGAUCAUCGGUGCCGCCCUCCUCAGCUUCUUCCUGUUCAUCGGAUCCAUGGCACCCAGCUAUGCUCCAGACUCUGUGGCUAGCGUGAAGGGCAUGCUCGGCGGAGCCACGGCUGGUAAUGCUUAA